GCCCAUGGUCAGAAAAUACUCCUGGCCCUACUCAAAACAUCCAUCAUCUCCCUAUCUACUAUGCCCUAUCACCCUGUGACCAGAGCAUGAAGAACAACGCCACCUGCAGGGACCACCCCACCAUGGUGUCUAAGCCCUAUUACAGAGUGGACCUCUUCAACAGGCAGAUGAAUUACGUCCUGCUCACCUCCCUGCUUGUCACCACUAUAGAGAACAAGACCGUGGCGCACAUUGGCACCUCCACUGGACGGCUCCUGCAGGUAUGGAGGCGGACAGAGAGCUCACAAUAGAGUGUGAUCCUGAUCCAUUUGAUCUAAUCCAAGAUGGAGUUAAAUUUAAAAUGUGAACAUACUGUAGUUCUGCUCUUCUUCGAUAGAUUAUUAACGAUCUGCUCUGUCUUUUUGGCAGCUUGUUUUGAGAAGAUCAAGCCCUAUUAUCUUUGCCAAUUACACCUUGGUAGAGAACCAGAGGGUCGCCUCAAUUGCUUCUGUGUGCUCAUCAGAAUCUCUACUGUUUGUGGUUGGAGACAAGGUUUGGAAAAGCCUGUUCAAAGUCAGUUACAGUUAGCAAACACAGCAAUCAAAGUGACUCUUUGAUUGAAUCAAAGUUAAUCAAAUCUCUCUCUUUGGCUGGCAGGUGAUCCAGGUGCCUCAGAGGGGGCCAGGCUGCCAGCACUUCAUGACCUGUGCCAUGUGCCUGACAGCCCCUGAGUUCAUGGUCUGUGGCUGGUGCUCUGGAGAGUGUUCCUGGGAGGAGGAGUGCAGUGGCCGCUGGAGGAACGAGUCUUGCCCCCCUGGUAUUACCGGGGUGAGAAGAACUGGGGAGAGGGAUGUGUUUGUUUAAUGCAGGGAAGUUUAGAUUGGAGCAGUUAGCUACCCUAUCAUACAAUGGAUCUUAAUGCUGGCUAGGUUCUAUGUGGAAUAAUGUGUUGAUGAAUUCAAAGAAAUGUAAUUAGUCAUAUGUGUGUAUGGUUAUCAUAAAGAUACAGUUGAAGUCGAAAAUUUACAUACACUUAGGUUGGAGUCAUUAAAACUCGUUUUUCAACCACUCCACACAUUUCUUGUUAACAAACUAUAGUUUUGGCAAGUCGGUUAGGACAUCUUCUUUGUGCAUGACACAAGUAAUUUUUCCAACAAUUGACAGAUUAUUUCACUUAUAAUUCACUGUAUCACAAUUCCAGUGGGUCAGAAGUUUACAUACACUAAGUUGACUGUGCCUUUAAACAGCUUGGAAAAUUCCAGAUAAUGAUGUCAUGGCUUUAGAAGCUUCUGAUAGGCUAAUUGACAUCACAUGAGUCAAUUGGAGGUGUACCUGUGGAUGUAUUUUAAGGCCUACCUUCAAACUUAGUGCCUCUUUGCUUGACAUCAUGGGAAAAUCAAAAGAAAUCAGCCAAGACCUCAGAAAAAAAAAUGUAGACCUCCUCAAGUCUGGUUCAUCUUUGGGAGCAAUUUCCAAACACCUGAAGGUACCACGUUCAUCUGUAUAAACAAUAGUACGCAAGUAUAAACACCAUGGGACCACACAGCCGUCAUACCGCUCAGGAAGGAGACGCGUUCUGUCUCCUAGAGAUGAACGUACUUUGGUGCGAAAAGUGCAAAUCAAUAUCAGAACAACAGCAAAGGACCUUGUGAAGAUGCUGGAGGAAACAGGCACAAAAGUAUCUAUAUCCACAGUAAAACGAGUCCUAUAUCGACAUAACCUGAAAGGCCGCUCAGCAAGGAAGAAGCCACUGCUCCAAAACCGCCAUAAAAAAGCCAGACUAUGGUUUGCAACUGCACAUGGGGACAAAGAUCGCACUUUUUGGAAAAAUGUCCUCUGGUCUGAUGAAACAAAGAUAGAACUGUUUGGCCAUAAUGACCAUUGUUAUGUUUGGAGGAAAAAGGGGGGUCUUGCAAGCCGAAGAACACCAUCCCAACCGUGAAGCAUGGGGGUGGCAGCAUCAUGCUGUGGGGGCGCUUUGCUGCAGUAUGGACUGGUGCACUUCACACAAGUGAUGGCAUCAUGAGCAAGGAAAAUUAUGUGGAUAUAUUGAAGCAACAACACACAGUGAGUACCACUAACAAUGACAGAAGGUAGGCAACAACACAUCCGCCACGCUGACCCUCAACACGGGGGCCCCUCAGGGGUGCAUGCUUAGUCCCCUCCAGUACUCCCUGUUCACCCAUGACUGCGUGGCUGUGCAAGACUCCAACACCAUCAUUAAGUUUGCCGACGACACAAUGGUGGUAGGCCUGAUCACCGACGACGAUGAGAAAGCCUAUAGGGAGAAGGUCAGAGACCUCUCCCUCAACGUCAGCAAGACAAAGGAGCUGAUCGUAGACUACAGGAAACGGAGGUCCGAGCACGCCCCAAUUCACAUCAAUGGGGCUGUAGUGGAGCGUGUCAAGAGCGUUAAGUUCCUCUGUGUCCACAUCACUAAGGACCUAUCAUGGUCCAAACACACCAACACAGUCGUGAAGAGGGUACGACAACGCUUUUCCCCCCUCAGGAGGCUGAAAAGAUUUGGCAUGGGCCCUCAGAUCCUCAAAAGUUCUACAGCUGCACCAUUGAGAGCAUCUUGACUGGCUGCAUCACCGCUUGGUAUUUCAACUGCUUGGCAUUAGACUGUAAGGCGCUACAGAAGGCAGUGUGUACGGCCCAGUACAUCACUGGGGCCGAGCUCCCUGCCAUCCAGAACCUCUAUACCAGGCGGUGUCAGAGGAAGGCCCUAAAAAUUGUAAAAGACUCCAGCCACCCAAGUCAUAGACUGUUCUAUCUGCUACUGCACGGCAAGCGGUACCAGAGCGCCAAGACUGCUAAACAGUUAAUCAAAUGGCUACCCGGACUAUUUGCAUUGACCCCCUUUUUAUUUGCACUGACUCUCUUGCACCGGCUCUAUGCACACUCACCGGACUCCACCCACACAUGCACGCACACACACACACAAAACACAUGCAUAUUGACAACACACACACACUCACACAUAGACACACUUUCACACUCUUUCACAUACGCUGCUGCUACUCUGUUUAUUUUCUUUCCUGAUUGCCUAGUCACUUUUACCCCUACCUACAUGUUCAAAUUAUCUCAAUUACCUCAACUACCUCGUACCCAUGCACAUUGAUUCGGUACUGGUGCACCUUGUAUAUAGUCUUGUUAUUGUUAUUUUAUUGUGUUACCAUUUCCUUUUGAUUUUGUGCAAAUUUUUCUUACUUUUUAACUCUGCAUUUUUGGGAAAGGGAUUGUACAGUGCCUUCGGAAACUAUUCAGACCCCUUGACUUUUUCCACAUUUUGGUAGGUUACAGCCUUAUUCUAAAAUUGAUUAAAUUAUUUUCCCCCUCAUUACCCCAUAAUGACAAAGCAAAAACAGGUUUUUAUAAAUGUUUUGCUAAUUUAUAUUUAAAACCCCCCACAUAAAUAUUACAUUUACAUAAGUAUUCAGACACUUUACUCAGUACCUUGUUGAAGCACCUUUGGCAGCAACUACAUCCUUAAGUCUUAUUGGGUAUGAUGCUACAAGCUUGGCACACCUGUAUUUGGGGAGUUUCUCCCAUUCUUCUCUGCAGAUCCUCUCAAGCUCUGUCAGGUUGGAUGGGGAGCGUUGCUGCACAGCGAUUUUCAGGUCUCUCCAGAGAUGUUCGAUCGGGUUCAAGUCUGGGCUCUGGCUGGGCCACUCAAGGACAUUCAGAGACUUGUCCCGAAGCCACUUCUGCGUUGUCUUGGCUGUGUGCUUCGGGUCGUUGUCCUGUUGGAAGGUGAACCUUUGCCCCAGUCUGAGGUCCUGAGCGCUCUGGAGCAGGUUUUCAUCAAGGAUCUCUCUGUACUUUGCGCCGUUCAUCUUUGCCUCGAUCCUGACUAGUCUCCCAGUCCCUGCCGCUGAAAAACACCCCCGCAGCAUGAUGCUGCCACCACCAUGCUUCACCGUAGGGAUGGUGCCAGAUUUCCUCCAGACCUGAUACUAGGCAUUCAGGCCAAAUAGUUGAAUCUUGGUUUCAUCAGACCAGAGAAUCUUGUUUCUCAUGGUCUAAGGGUCUUUAGGUGCCUUUUGGCAAACUUCAUGUGGGCUGUCAUGUGCCUUUUACUGAGGAGUGGCUUCCGUCUGGCCAUUCUACCAUAAAGGCCUGAUUGGUGGAGUGCUGCAGAGAUGGUUGUCCUUCUGGAAGGUUAUCCCAUCUCCACAGAGGAACUCUAGAGCACUGUCAGAGUGACCAUCGGGUUCUUGGUCACCACCCUGACCAAGGCCCUUCUCCCCCGAUUGCUCAGUUUGGCCGGUCGGCCAGCUCUAGGAAGAGUCUUGGUGGUUCCAAACUUCUUCCAUUUAAGAAUGAUGGAGGAUACUGUGUUCUUGGGGACCUUCAAUGUUGCAGAAAUGUUUUAGUACCCUUCCCCAGAUCUGUGCCUCGUCACAAUCCUGUCACAGAGCUCUACGGUCAACUCCUUCGACCACAUGGCUUGGUUUUUGCUCUGACAUGCACUGUCAGCUGUGGGACCUUAUAAAGACGUUCCAAAUCAUGUCCAAUCAAUUGAAUCUACCACAGGUGGACUCCAAUCAAGUUGUGGAAACAUCUCAAGGAUGAUCAAUGGAAACAAGAUGCACCUGAGCUCAAUUUCGAGUCUCGUAGCAAAGGGUCUGAAUACUUAUGUAAAUGUGAUAUUUCAUUUUUUUGCAUUUGCAAAAAUUUCUAUAAACCUGUUUUUGCAUUGUCAUUAUGGGGUAUUGUGUGCAGAUUGCUGAGGAUUUUUAUUUAUUUAAUCAAUUUUAGAAUAAGGCUGUAACUUAACAAAAUGGGGAAAAAGUCAAAGGGUCUGAAUACUUUCCGAAGGCACUGUAAGUAAGCAUUUCACAAUGAAGUCUACACCUGUUGUAUUCGGCGCAUGUGAAAAAUCUAAUUUGAUUUGAGAUACACAGUGGAUCAUAUUAGUGAAAUUGACAUAUAGGUGUACAGUAGGUAGGUUUUACUCAACUAGUAUGGGCCAGUAAUGCAGCAUACUGUAGAUGUUAAUUCAACUGAAAUGGGUUGACGUCUCAUGGUAAUUUCUGCUUCAUCAAUGUUUUUUUAUUUUUUAUUAGUUUGACACUGUUGUUGUGCCACUCCUUAGCCUGGUGUGUAAGAUCCGCUCGGGGCCCAUUGAGCUGUCCAAAUCAGUUAACAUCACUGUGGAGGUGCAUGAGGGGAAGGUGGAGGGCCGCUACUCCAUCGACGGGAAAUCAGAGAUGCCAGGAUUUACCUUUGUGGUAAUUUGAAUCUACAAUUGAUUGCACUACUUAGUUUCAGUUGGGUGACUCAUUUGAUUAUGCCUCUGUAAAUAAUAAGAUGCAUUAUUACAUGUAACAGAGACAUACUGUAAUUAUCAAGUGAGUUUGGAAGUAUCCUCUGUUGUACAUACAAAUUCACCAUCACACUUUCAGGGGUACUUUAUGAAUGGCUUUAGGAUUAAACCGGUGACAUUUUUCUCCCUCUGGCAGAUUCCCAACAUCACAGAAAUCCAGCCCAACUACGGGCCUCGUGUUGGGGGAACUCUGAUCACUGUGACUGGGCCUCACCUGGACGCUGGGAAGACCAGGAAGGUCACUCUGAAUGGAGAGCCCUGCCCAAUCACCAGGUGGAUGUAGUUGAGCCAUUCCACCAAUUCGGUGCAUUUUGAGAUGUGUAACUUGGUGAAAAAACGUUUGAUUUCACAAAAUGUUUACAUUCUGUCAUGUUCAACAUAAUAAAAAACAUGUUUUGCCAAAAGAUUACUAUAGUAAGUGCCUAUUAAGUGCCAAAUAAAGUAACAGGGUUGACUGUAACAGGGUUGACAAUUUCAUCUUAAAUCAGCCAUUAAUCCCCUUGUGGAAGCUUGUUGUGUGCAACAGGGAGGGGUAAUUGAAUGCAAGCUUCACAAAAAAAAUGAAAUUGUUAAAACAUUUAUAGCCUGUCUAUCUAUGGGUAACAGGGUUGACGUGUUAUGCUUGGCCCACUCUGUUUUCCACCACAAAACACAAUCCAGCUCACCUGCUUUUACACUAUGAUUUGACUAUUAGAUGUUCAAUGUUUCUUUUGAAAAUAAUAUUUAAAAAGGAAUAGUUUAACCAUAUUAAAAUGAGUGUUCAGUUCACGUAACAUGGUUGACCUUGUGGGAUGAAUCACUAAUCAAAUGAAUCACUAAUCACAUGAAAUAAAUAAUAAUCUUCAGAAAUUACUUUGUCAAAGAAACAAAAUAACUAAGGCUUUACAAUUAUGAUUUCGGCACUUUAGCAAGUCUUUAUUCAAAUAAAAAAUCUACUUUUAUUGAAUUUUCCAUGUGGUCUAUAUUACAGGGCACGUAGUUGAACAGAACAGGCUUUUCAUUUCAAUUUUGGUGCAAAAUAUCAAAGGACGCAAAAGGCACUCAUUUCGUGGAAUGACCCAGUUACUGGUUAUGUCAUUAUGGCUCUCCUGUGACGUCUUCACCCAAAGCCUGUUUUCUCUAACCUGUACUUCUAAAAUACCUGCCUGUAUGACAUAAUUUACUAUCUACUAUUUACAUGUGUGAGCCCUAUGCUUGUCCCAGAAUGUGUGUGUACAGUAACGUCAGUAUGGGAAACUGAUCGCAAUCUGUGCUCAGACUACUUUAUUUUUAAUUUUUAAUUUAAACCUUUCAAUUACAGGGAGUGAAUGAAAAACUAGUAAAUUAGUUGUGAUGAUUAAGUCAGUGUGGUGGAUCCUUUUUUUUAUUUUCUAAAUAUACUAUAUAUUUUAAGUAGUCUGUUAAACUUUUUAAUGUGUCAGAUGUAGGGUGAUAAACACAUAAAACUAUGUGUAGAGUGAGGUGACCCUAAGUCUGACCUGUAGGAGUAUACUCCUCCCUACUUCACCUGUCUCCAGAGUCACAGUGCCCAGAGGGAACAUGUCCUCCAUCAUCUGUCUGUCUCAGCCUAUCUCGGAGGUGAGGGACAUCCCCCUCAGUGUGUUCAUAGACAAGUCCCCUGUCCUCACCACCAAAGUCUUCUACUACAAAGAGAACCCAGAGGUCACAGCCGUCCUCCCAGACUGCAGUUUCGACAGGUAGGCCAGCCUUAACAAUCUGUGUCACCAUCUCAACCAAAAUAAAAGGUGGAUAGAUCUAAGCCCUGCUGGUGGGUCUCUGUAGAAUCUGCAAAUGUUAUUGUCACUCACUCCACUCUCCAUUGUUUUUCUCUGUUGACUCCAGGGGGUCAAAGAUAAUCAUUGAAGGGAAGAACUUGGACUCUGUUUACAGGACCUUCAUCCGCUUUAGGCCCAAUGAGGGCCACCUGAAACCUGUCACCAGAGUAAGAUCUCGUUACGGGCCAAUAAAAUAUUAUACAACCACAUACUGUAUACAUGAUAGAGAUAAAAAAAUAUAUGUUUCAUGUAAUCAUAUGCAUACAACUCUUUUAUAAUUCCCUCCAGGAGUGCAAAGGCAAGUCGUUGCUCACACGGAUGGAGUGCAUAACUCCUGCUCUCCCCCGGGAAGAGACAGAGGAAGGGGAGCUCUCCUUUGAUAUGGAUGGAGCUGUUGGACUGUGGAAUGGAGAGUUGUCCUACCACCCCUAUGGCGAACCCAUACCCUUUGAAACUGAGGGCCAUGUACUUAGGCUGUACCCUGGACAAGAUGAAGUGUCACUACAUGUAAGUGCAACAGCGCCAUAACAACACACAUUUUUCAUGGUGUCAUGUCUAUUUGACUGGUAAUUACUGUCAGAAGGAAUAGGAAUUUUGUUUUUUAUUGCUUACAUAUUGUUUAAAAAUGUUAAAGUAGAAAACUCAGAACUCUUUUUCUUCCCCCUCACAGCACCAGAAACUGAACCUUGUGAGUUCCUGCAUGACAAUCACUAUGACAGUGGGAGGAGUGGAUUAUGACGCGAAAGUUCUGGACAAUUAAAUCACCUGCAGGAUCCCCAGAAAUGUAACCAUCAGUGAAGGACUGCCUGUGAAGGUUUGUUGGUUUAUGGACACUAUGUUGUGCAUUCAACAUUAGAGUAUGUUAACCAUAAACAUCCUACUAUUGGGCUCCACUUGUGUGUGACCAUGCCGACCAUAACUUCAUUUAAAAAGAAUGUCAAAAGCUGGCUAAAGACUGAGCAAUAGAAAAAAAAUAACAUGUUUGUAUCUAUGUGUGUAUGUGUUUUUUAAACUAGGAAAUAAAAUGAAUCAAUCAAGACCCACCCACUGUCUCUCCUUCCCCAGAUCUCCAUCAAUGGGCAGGUUCACAACGUUGGGGCUGUGGUCCUGGUCAGUAACCACUACAUGGUAUGCAUCGUACUGGGGAUACUGGGGGCCCUGGUGGCAGGGGCCGUGCUGGCCUUCGUAGUCAUGAAGCACCUGAGGAAGUAGAAGAAAGGUGGGGUUCCCUGUCUGUCUGGACUUUGAUCAGGUCAUCUUACACAACCCCAUGACAUGUAAUGAUAAUGUCUUAUGCAACUGGUUUAACGUAGGACAUCUACAGCCAUGCACAGUGACAGUGGUAGCUAACAUUGUCUUGUUGACUGUGAUGCAGUUUCCUACUCCCGUGGUUUACGAUUGAAAACUCUUGUGACAUUUCCAGCCUCUCAAGUGGAGACCCGUUUGGCCCAAAACCACAACCGAUCCUACAGAAGUAGUGUGGAACUGUCACCUGUAGGUGACUACAGAAGAGGUGAGACUCUAAUUGGGUAAUAUAUAUUUUGUAUCUCGUUCAGUUUCUAUUCAGUGGUUGAAAUCUACACAUGCUGAUGUAUGUGCAUUAUAUACACAUACUGAUGUAUGUGCAUUAUCUACACACACUGAUGUAUGUGCAUUAUCUAUACAUACUGAUGUACGUGCAUUAUCUACACACACUGAUGUAUGUGCAUUAUCUACACACACUGAUGUAUGUGCAUUAUCUACACAUGCUGAAGGAACUCUACUGACCUUGCCCUUUACCACUCUAGUAGUCGUGCCUCAGAGGCCAAGUUCGGCUCUGGGAAGCCCAGUGGUGUUCCCCAGCCUGGCCUACGCUGCAGGCAGCAUGGACCCCACACUCACCCCCCUCCUGCCCCCUGAGAAGAUCUCCAUCUCCAGCUUCAGACCAGAGCUCCUGGAGGAGGUGAAGGAUGUGCUGAUCCCAGCAGACAUGCUCAUUGUCCAGCAUCACCAGAUCAUUGGCAAGGGUCAGUCUCAUUACAGUGUGUACAGCACUACACAGAGAGUGCUUUUUGUGUUUUUUAGACAACAAUCAAAUGCACAUAGGCUACUACUCCCAUACCUUUUAGUCUCUACUGAUGGAUUAGCAGGUGUUAUUAUACUAUAUGUCAAAUUGGCCAUUUUAAAUAAUAGGGAGUUAAACCCAUGACGUGAUGUACAGUAUGUCGUUAAAUCUCAUUCCAAUUAUAAUGUUCACUUACAGUGAGGGAAAAAAGUAUUUGAUCCCCUGCUGAUUUUGUACGUUUGCCCACUGACAAAGAAAUGAUCAGUCUAUAAUUUUAAUGGUAGGUUUAUUUGAACAGUGAGAGACAGAAUAACAACAAAUAAAUCCAGAAAAACGCAUGUCAAAAAUGUUAUAAAUUGAUUUGCAUUUUAAUGAGGGAAAUAAGUAUUUGACCCCUCUGCAAAACAUGACUUAGUACUUGGUGGCAAAACCCUUGUUGGCAAUCAGAGGUCAGACGUUUCUUGUAGUUGGCCACCAGGUUUGCACACAUCUCAGGAGGGAUUUUGUCCCACUCCUCUUUGCAGAUCUUCUCCAAGUCAUUAAGGUUUGGAGGCUGACGUUUGGCAACUCGAACCUUCAGCUCCCUCCACAGAUUUCUAUGGGAUUAAGGUCUGGAGACUGGCUAAACUAUACAUUAGACCUGACAUAAGCAAACUGAUUAUAUUUUAUUUAGCAAUGCUACUGUACUAUAGUUGCAGGCUUGCUUUCACAGAUCACCAAUCUUGCCCUUAUUAUUGUCUGUGCAGGCUGGAUGAGUCAUCCACAGUGAAGGUGGCAGACUUUGGCAUGGCCAGGGAUGUGUUUGAUAAGGAGUACUACAGCAUCCAGGACCACAGGAAGGCCAAGCUACCAGUCAAGUGGAUGGCCAUUGAGAGCCUACAGACACAGAAAUUCACUGCCAAGUCAGACGUAGUAAGUGAAGGAAUUACUUUCUGAUAACAUAAUAAGAAUUAGGCAGCAUUUGUGGAAUUAGGACUGACAAUGUUACUUCAUUCAUUAUAGUGUUACUACACAGCAAAAGAGCAACUUUAUAUUACCCCCAAAUCCUUUCUCACCAAGAUGUUAACCAGAGGAGCAAGCCCCUACCCAGAGGUGGACCCCUAUGACAACACACAUUACCUACUGAAGGGCAGGAGACUCCCCCAACCACAGUUCUGUCCUGACCCUUUG